CUACUAUUUCAAAUAUCACCCGGCAAAAUUCGCUACCUCUCGACAGUACCAAGUACCACCUCGAGAAGUCUUCGUGCCACGCGGGGCAGAGAUCUGCAAAUAACAAUAAAAAACUUCCGCUUCGGAGCGCGUGUCGAUAAGAAAAUCAAACAGAAACAAAUUCGUUUAUCCGUUUCUAGAAACUGACCAGUCCGAAAAUUCCACAGCUGUGAGAAGAAGUCAACUCUAGUGAUAAAAGUGAGAGGAAUAGUAAUCAAAUUUUUGGUGAUAAGUGCAAAAUAGAAACUUCAGCACAGCCUUCCGCAAAGAGAAGGAGAGGACGUCUUUAGUGAUAUGUGUAAAGUGCAUGAACUUUAAAUGUAUUCCAAGUCACCGACGAACAGCUUGAAAGCUUGCGACUGCGCAAAUAACAACGUGGGUUCGAUGCAUGCGCUCAAGAAGAAAAUCAUCGUUCCGUCAACCGUGGAAAAAAACAAGGAUAACAACUGCAACAAUCAAGUCAACAACAAGAAGCCUAUAGAAAUAAGGAAAGAAGAAGUGUUGGCGAUAAGGAAUAGGUUCCCUACAAAAAUACCUGUGAUAGUACAAAAGUUUUACAAAGAAAAUCACUUACCCAACUUAGACAAAUCCAAAUUCUUAGUGCCACAAGAAAUCACAAUGUCACAGUUUCAAACAAUAAUAAGGAAUAGGAUACGAUUGAGCAAAAACCAAGCCUUAUACCUUUUGGUAAAUAAUAGGUCAAUGAUGAGCCAGUCCUUAACAUUAGCUGAAGUAUAUGCAGAGCAUGCUGAUAGUGAUGGUUUUCUUUACGUAACAUAUGCUUCUCAAGAAGUAUUUGGAUACUAUGAACCUAUGAUCUUCAAGAGUCGCAAGAAAUGAUCUGCAUAAGAUUUUAAAGUUAUAAACUGUUGUUUCUAAGUUUCCUCCAUGUUAUAUAAGUACAACUAAGUGUAUAGAUAAUAAUCCUAAGUUUAUCUUAAGGCUAAUUUUAAGUGUGUUACAAUAACAUACUCUCAAGUGAAUGUCUGUUGAUUUUAAGUCUUUUUUCUUAAGUCUUCAAGUUUUAUACAUCUGUGUACAUAUUUGUAAUUACAACUUUUUGAAGUAAAAAAAUCUUCAUGGA